CCCCGCCUCUUCGCGUGCGCUCGGGCUCGUGCCGAGCAUGGGCUUCUUGCACUCCCUGGUGUGUCUGCUGGUGCUCCUCUCUGGCCCUUGGCUCCAACUAGAUGACAGGGAUACACUUUCUGGAGCAAAUGAUAUGGUGAAAAUCAUUUAAAAACUGAUGAGUUCAACAAACGGAGAGGGAAUGGGCACACUGCUAACAUGGUGCAGCUCUCGGGUGGCAAAUUCAAGAUGGGAACAGAUUCCCCAGAUGCCAGGGAUGGUGAAGGUCCUGUUCGGGAAGUGGUUGUAAAACCCUUUGCCAUUGACAUGUUUCCUGUCACCAACAAAGAUUUCAGGGAAUUUGUUCGGGAGAAAAAGUACCGGACAGAGGCCGAGGUGUUUGGUUGGAGCUUUGUCUUUGAGGAUUUGGUCCCUGAAGAAGUUAAAAACAAAGCGAGCCAGAACAUGAAGUCCGUCCUCUGGUGGUUUCCUGUGGAAAGGGCCUUCUGGAGGCAGCCUGCAGGUCCCGGCUCUGGCAUCCGAGAGAGACUGGAGUUCCCGGUGGUUCAUGUGAGCUGGAAUGAUGCGCGUGCCUACUGCACUUGGCGGGGGAAGCGGCUGCCCACUGAGGAGGAGUGGGAGUUUGCAGCCCGCGGAGGGCGGAAAGGUCAGAUUUACCCAUGGGGAAACCAUUUCCAGCCAAACCGCACCAACCUGUGGCAGGGAAAGUUCCCCCAAGGCGACAAGGCUGAGGAUGGAUUCCAUGGCGUCUCCCCCGUGAACGCUUUCCCCCCACAGAACGCCUACGGACUCUAUGACCUCGUGGGCAACGUCUGGGAGUGGACAGCUUCCUCCUAUCUGCCUGCCGCCCAGGACAUGCGUGUCCUCCGGGGGGCAUCCUGGAUUGACACCGCAGAUGGCUCUGCCAAUCACCGUGCCCGAGUUACCACCAGGAUGGGCAACACGCCAGAUUCAGCCUCAGACAACCUGGGCUUCCGCUGUGCUGCCGAUGCAGGCCGACAGGAGCUGUGAGCAGCCGUGCCGGGGCCUCGUGGCCUUUCCUGGCCUUAUUCCAAACACAGCCAAUGUCCGAACGCGUCAGUCUCAGAAAUGACCUUCCCCUUUGACCAUCCCUCGGCAGGAGG